AUGUCCAAAUCUGACAAUCCUACACCAACUAAAGAGAACAAGCAACCACGUCUGGAUCUCCAAGACCAGAUCCAGCGUGCUGUUAUUCUGGCUACACAGCUGUCUCACGCAGCCAGCAAGGAGCACCUGGACUCAACAGAAUGGACUGCCAAUCAGGUUGCUGCCAACGAGCUCUUGCGUACUUUUGAGAAUAUGCAGGAGGGGACCGCUAUUGAAGAUCUCAUUGCUACUCAGAUCAUGCUCGAGGUCAAAAUGAGGAUAGACGCUCUCUAUAAGAAAUCCGUAAGCAGCGCCUAUGUUUUGAGCAAAGAGAUCGAUCAGCAUCUCGAACCCGGACAGACCAGCUCUAGAGAACGUAUUGCCAGGGUCGCUCUUGAAAAACUGGACGGUGUUGCAUCUGUGGACCUCGCUGUCAAAGUUACGGAGGCAAUCGAGGCAGCCAUCCUAGAGGAGUUCCACAAGGGCAUUGACCAGAAAAUGCACAUGUACAUGCUGUGA